UAUUUUUUAAAUAAUGGUUAUCAAGACAGAUUUGUGCUCUUUUAGUGAAUGGAGAAUCUAUCCUGGACAUGGAAGAAGAUUCGUAGCCAAGGAUGGCAGACUCUUCUAUUACUUGAAUUAAAAGAGCAGAGCUUUUAGUGCAAGAAAAAUUAAAUCUCAAGAAAUCUAAUGGACUGUUGCUUGGAGAAGAUUAAACAAAAAGAUUAAGACAGAUGAAGGAGCUAAAAAGAGAAGAAUCAGAAAUCUUAAAGUCUAAAGAGCUAUUGUUGGUAUUUCUUUGGAAGAAAUCAGAAGAAGAAGAAAGGAAGAUGACAAAACUAGAAAGGCAUAAGCUGAACAAGCUGCAAGAGAAAUUAAGGAUAGAAAGCAAAAGCAAAUUGAAGCUUAAAAGAAGAAACCUGCUGCAGCAUAAAAAGUUGCAUAAAAAGCUGAAGUCAAAGCUCAACAAAAAGCAUAAAAAGGUGCUGCAAAAGCCAACAAAGGUAAAAAGUGAUUCUUACAAUAUAACAUCAAAUACAUAUAUAUUUUUUAGAUUAUAAUUAUUUUUA